GGAAAAUAUUAGAAAAGAUCUAACCAUGUUGAAAUCUUCUCAAAAAGAUGAGAUUGAGAGCUGUCUGAACAAUGCAACGUUGAGCUUAAAGACUAAUUCAAAUGCAACUGACAGAGACAACUUUAGCACUACAAUCUUUGAAGUGUUUCCUGGGUUGGAGAGAGACCUUCUUUCGGCGGAAAAUAUCCCAGUCACGGAAUACAUUGCAAUAAAUCACACACCACAUACCAGUACACCAAAGGAAUGCAUCGCUGAAACCAAUAGUGAAAUUUCAUGUGACUAUCAGAAGAAAACAGAAGUAUGUUUCGCUAUUCAACCAAUCGCUCACGUUUCACCAAGCGAUGCUAUUCCAAGUUGUUUUGGAGUGAAGAGGGAGGAAAAGACAGUGAAGAAAAGAAGAUUCGAAUGGAAACCGUAUGCUAAGGGAAACCAAUUCAUUCAGGAUAUGUGUAAAAAGUUAGAUUACAAGAAAGCAAAUCACGUAAAGGAGAAAAUAUUCGCAGAAGGAGUUAUUCACAAAUAUUGGGAAGGAACGGACAAAAUGGAAAACUAUGUGUACAACAGGGUGGACACUGUGUGUAAUAGCAAGGAAGUUAUUGAAAGACAGAGUACAGGAUAAUGGAAGAAAUGAAGAAACAUAUUGGAGACAAGGCCA